CAGCAUUCACAGCAUUCAAGAGAAGAAGCACAUUUGACCAACUCAGGAAUGCUCACCCUUGUUCGCCAACACCACCCGUCCACAAAUAGCAGCCUCUCGUCCUGCGAGACUCUUCAUACAUUCGAGAGCCUUCGCACACUGUUCCCUAGUAUCUCUUGAGGAGCACUUUACGAAUCUGAGACGUCUCUUCGCCCCCCGUCAGCACACCAACGCGUCGAAUCACGCUCCAUUAUCAUCAAUCCUCGCCUGAUACGUCCCCGUCACCACAUAUACCCAGCUCCGACGUGAUCAAUCAACGCUACAGGUCGAUAAGAUGGACGCCCAAUACGUCGAGCGUCUGCACGCGCUGCUUCAGCAGUCGAACGUGCCAGACACCAACCAACUCCGAGAGGCUACCGAGGGAAUCAAAGCUGCGUCCACACAGCAGCAAUUCGUGCCCGCGCUCUUCGAAAUCCUAGCAUCCAGCCCAGACCUUGCCGUCCGUCAGCUCGCCGCUGUCGAGAUGCGCAAGCGCAUCCACAAAAAGCCAGAAACAGCGUGGGUCAAGCAAGCUGUCGACGUGAGGACUGGUAUCAAGGCGCGCUUGUUGGAUCUGUUGCCAAAGGAGGAGAGCACCCUGGUCCGGAAUGCGAUUUCACGUGUUGUGUCCGAGAUUGCCAACAGAGAACUCAUCGCUGGUACUUGGCCUGAGCUUCUCCCAUUCCUCUUCGCGGCGGCAGACAGUCCUAACGCAACGCAUCGUCAAAUUGCGAUCUUUGUCUUCUAUACGGUGCUCGAGACACUCGUUGAUGGUGGAGAAAAGUUGGAGGCCUACCUGCCCCAAAUCCUUGCAGUAUUUGCCAAAAGUCUUCAGGAUCCCGAGAGUAUCGAGGUCCGCAUCACCACAGUCCGCGCCUUGGGCAAAGUAGCACAAAAUCUUGAGGAUGACUCGGAGGCGGAUCUUGCGCAAGUGCAAGCCGCCAUUCCUCAGAUGGUUCGCGUGCUGCACGACUCCUUGGAGCAGUCCCACACAGAUGGUGUCAAGCAAUGCCUAGACGUCUUCGAAUCUUUGUGUAUGCUGGAAGACUCUGUGCUCGCCAAUGCUAUCCCCGACCUCAUCGAAUUCUUCUUGAAUAACGGCGCCAACACCACCCUCGAAGAGGAGCUUAGAAUAAUGUGCUUCAACUCGCUCAUCUGGGCUUGUCAGUACAAGCAAAACGUCAUCAAGAACCAAAAGCUGGCAAAGCCCAUCAUUGAGCGCCUAAUGACUGUCGCUGUCGAGGAUGAAGGCGACGACUACGAUGAGGACACACCUAGCCGUCUCGCCCUGCGCGUUAUCGAUGGCCUGUCGACGUCCCUCCCGCCCGCUCAAGUAUUCCCGCCUCUGCACGAGCAGAUGCAAGCAUAUAUGGGACACGCCGAUGGCAAUCACAGAAAAGCUGCGCUCAUGGCAUUCGGCGUUGCUGUAGAGGGCUGCUCAGAAUACAUCCGGCCCCAUAUCGAUCAACUUUGGCCUUUCAUCGAAGCCGGCUUGCGCGAUCCCGAGGUGGUGGUCAGGAAAGCUGCUUGCGUCGCAAUCGGCUGCCUUUGCGAGAGCUUGGAUGACGAGUGCGCCAAGCGACACGCAGUGCUACUGCCUAUGAUCAUGGAGCUGAUCAAUCACGAGGAGACCCAGCGAUCUGCAUGCACUGCUCUCGAUUCUCUGCUUGAAGUCAUGGGCGAGGACAUCAGCCAGUACCUGCCUGCCAUCAUGGAGCGACUGGCAGGUCUGCUCGAGUCUGCACCUAUCCCCGUCAAGUCGACAGUCACUGGCGCUAUCGGGUCUGCUGCGCACGCUUCCAAGGAGGGCUUCUUGCCAUACUUCCCUCAGACACUUCAACGUAUGCUGCCCCACCUGCUCCUCACCGAGGAAGGUGAUCAAAUGGAUCUGAGAGGUAUCACCACCGACGCUAUCGGCACCUUCGCGGAGGCUGUUGGCAAAGAAGCCUUUAGGCCGUACUUCCAGGACCUCAUGAACCACAACUUCGAGAGCAUGAAGCUCGAGAACCCCAGGCUUCGCGAAUGUGCUUUCAUCUUCUUCGCCGUCAUGGCCCGUGUGUUUGGCGAGGAGUUUGGUCCCUUCCUGCCUCACGUCGCGCCCUUGCUUCUUGGCUCUUUCAAGCAGAGCGAGCACGAUGCAGUGCCAGGUGCCUCUGGGGAUGGCAUCAUCAGUGGCGCUGGCGUCGGUACUAACGCCUCUGGCGAAUACACCACUGAAGACGAUGGCGACGAAGAAUUCAUCGAUCUCGACGACCUCAAUGACGCUUUUGCAAACGUGAACAGCGCCAUUGCGGUCGAGAAAGAAGUUGCAGCAGACUCUAUCGGCGAAAUUUUCACGCACACCAAGCACGCUUUCCUUCCCUAUCUCCAAGAGAGCGUGGAACAACUCGGUCAUUUGCUUGAACACUUCUACCAAGGCAUCCGAAAGAGCGCCGUGGCGGCAUUAUUCGCUUGCAUCAACACUCUCAACGAGAUGUCGAACCCCUCAACAUGGCAGCCAGGUCUUACUGUGCAAGUACCUCUCAACAGCGACGUGCAAAAUCUCGUCAACACUGUGAUUCCUGCAUUGCUGGAUGCUUGGAACGACGAAGAUGAUAGAACAACUGCCAUCGAGUUCUGCCAAUCAUUGGCGGAAUGUUUGAACAAGAACGGUCCAGCUAUCAUCAGUCAGCACGCGGACCGCGUCUGCAACUUUGCUGCCGAGAUCCUCGACCAGAAGAGCUUGGCGCAAAUAGACAACGAUCCUUCAGAAGAUGAGGCAGGCGCAGAAGACAUUUCGGAGUACGAGUCCGUUCUCAUCGGCGCAGCAAUGGAUCUCGUGGGCGCCAUGUCCCACGUCUUUGCUCAAGACUUCCUGGACCCUCUGAGAGCCCUGCUGCCUAAGGUCACAAAGUACUACUCACCCUCGCGCUCUACAACUGAUCGUGGAGCUGCGGUUGCUUCUCUCGGCGAGAUCAUCAUUGGUAUGAAGGGCGCCAUCACACCACUCACCGGUGACAUUCUUACUACAUUGUCAAGGGCUUUGCAAGACGAAGAACCUGCCGUACGAUCAAACGCUGCGUUCGCAUCGGGUGUGCUCAUUGAGCACUCCGAGCAAGACCUCAGUGAACAUUUCGGAGCGCUUUUGAAUGCUAUCCGGCCUAUGUUUGAGGUGCCUGCUGGAACCGAGAAAACGGACAUCCUCAACGCGCGAGACAACGCCUGCGGUUGCUUGUCCAGGAUGAUCACUCGCAAGCCCGAUGCUGUGCCCUUAGAUCAGGCUCUGCCUAUCUUGUUCUCGUCCAUGCCUCUCAAGGAGGACAUGGCAGAAUGGACGCCAGUUUUCAAGAUGCUCAUCACUCUGCUACAAGCCAACGACCCGAUCGCCAUGCAGCACAUCGACACGAUUCUCGGCCUCUUUGCUCACACUCUCGGCGACGCGAGCGAGCCGCUCGACCCGCAAUUGAGAGGCACGGUCGUCGCCUUCGUCAGCUCCUUGAAUGCCUCUGUGCCAGACAAGGUCGCUGCUGCCGGUUUGACGCAAUUCCUCGUCUAAAGCGCCCUUCACCUGCCUCUAAUUCUUCGCUGUUACCGUGGCCCUCCCUCUCUUUGUCUUCGCAUACACCCACCACAAAAUGAAAUUGCUUUCACGACUUUUGUCGCUCGACCCCACCCUGCCCGAAUUGUAA